UGCAUGUCUGUAUAAAAAUCUUUAGGGUGGUUUGGGAAGAUGCACAGGAAACUUCAAACUCACUCUGCUAAAGAAGGAAGAAGCAAAAUUUCAAACUCUCAGAAUUUCCCACGGGACUUUUUUUGACCAGCUCUACUACUGGGUGUGGGGAAUUUGCACCAAGAUGUCCAUUCCUGCUAUGAUCUCCACACAGCACCUGCCACACCCCAACGAAAUUCAAAGAGCAAUGGACUGCCCAAGCAAAGAGAAGGAGCUUAAUGAGCAGCAGUCUGAAUGUCAGGAUGGGUCGAAUUGCCCUGACUAUUGUCCAGCAACAGCAGAAUCCAAUUCAGAAUCACCAAGAAUUCUUAAAAUACUGCAGAAGUGGAUUCCUACAGUUUCUCCCUAUUUUGACAAGGAGCAUUAUUGUUAUGCAGAUCACCAGAUCACUAUUCAAGAAUCAUUAGACCACUUUGGAGCUAUAGUAUGGCCUGGUGCAUUGGCUUUAUCUCAGUACCUGGAAUCAAAUCAACAAGAGAUCAACCUAAAAGACAAAAAGGUACUUGAAAUUGGUGCUGGAACAGGACUGGUAUCCAUUGUGGCUAGUAUACUAGGAGCUUAUGUUACAGCUACUGAUUUGCCUGAAGUACUUGAAAAUCUCAAAUUGAAUAUUUCAAGAAAUACACAAAACAUGAAUAUUCACCAACCUGAAGUGAGGAAGCUGGUGUGGGGAGAAGACCUCAAUGAAGACUUCCCUAAAUCAACUCACCAUUAUGAUUUUAUUUUGGCAAGUGAUGUUGUCUACCACCAUACAUCUCUGGAUCCAUUGCUAACAACAAUGGUAUAUUUAUGUCAGCCAGGGACAGUAUUAUUAUGGGCAAAUAAAUUCAGAUUCAGCACAGAUUUUGAAUUUUUAGAGAAACUUGGCAAUAUAUUAAUCGUUACACUUCUAGCAGAAUUUCCAGAAUCAAAUAUCAAGCUGAUUAAAGCCACAGUAAAAGAGAAUUAAGAGAAAACAA